AUUUCAAAGUGUUUUAUUCCUUAAAAAAAUGCUUCAUAUUCAGAAGUAAUGUCCAUGUAUGCUUUAAGGAGAUAAAUCUCCGUUUAUGAAGGCUUAGAGUAUGAUUCAAAGGCUAGGAAGUAAUGUCAUUUCAGAGCUGAGAUCUGGUGUGGUGUUUUCAAGUCUUGCACAUUGCGUUGAAGAAGUUGUUUUGAAUUCAAUCGAUGCUGGAUCGAGCAACAUCACGGUUGAUGUGGAUAUCUCUACGGUUUCUUUCGAAGUUAGCGACAACGGAACGGGAAUGCGUCGGAGCGACUUGGACAAUGUUGGACAACGAUAUUUCACAAGCAAAUGUCGCUCGAUAAAAGAUUUAGAGAGUGCUGUUUCAUACGGAUACCGUGGCGAGGCUCUGGCAAGCUUGGGUAGAAUAUGUCGGAAGGUCGAAAUUGUUUCACGGCAUAAAACAUUAUGCCGCACAUUCUCUAAGCUUAUUAGCAAAGGUCAUGAUUUGGGUGUGUGUGAAAGUACCAGCUAUCGACCACAGCAUGGCACAACCAUCAAAGCCUGUGGUGUUUUUUAUAACCUUCCCGUUCGGCAGAAACUAGUAUCAGAGAAAGCAGAUUUGGAGCAAAUUCGGAGAAAGGUUUUGGGAGUUGCCUUGAUGAAUCUGGGCGUGUCCAUUCAUGUGCGCAACAGGGAGAAUGGCAGCACAUUGCUUCAGGUGAAGACUUGUACUUCUACUUUGUCUGUUAUAACACAAGUAUUUGGCUGUGAUAAAAGCAAGUCUUUUAAACCACUAUGUCAAACCAGUGGGGUGUAUACCAUAACUGGGUGUGUUAGUCUUGAGGGCUUCUCGAACAGGCAUUUGCAGUAUUUCUACGUCAACAAGCGGCUGGUUUCAAAGACAAGAUUUCACAAUGUUGCAAACCACAUCUUGACCAGAGCCAUCACUGGUCUAAUAAUCUCAGAGCCAUCCAAUCAGGAGGAAGAGUCCUAUUGUGUGAAGAGGCAGGACAAAUAUCCUGGCUUUGUUAUCAAUCUUGAAUGUCCACGCCAUGCCUAUGAUAUUACAUUUGACCCUGAGAAGACCCUGGUGGAAUUUCAGAAUUGGAAGGAGCCAAUUUCCUGUUUGAAGGAAUGCUUGAAUAAAUUUUUAAAGAAGGAAGGAGCUUUUAGAGAGGAAUUUGACAAAGGAUGCAGUCUUGUGUGUGAAAAUCAUGAUUGGCAUGGCUUAUCCCUGGAAGAGUCUGAAUCAAGUAACCCAGAUUCAGUUGUCAAUUUUGAGCAUCUGACUGCCAUGAAAAGGCAAAUUACAGCAGCCGACUUAAGAAGGAGUAUGCUGUCAUCAACUGCAAAGCGAAAACGACAUGAGAUGGCUGGGUGCAGUGAAGACUCAACAUAUUCUUCUCAAGAACAUUCUAGUUUAGAAGCUAAAUUCAAAUUGCACAAACUGAGUAAUGAAGCAAGUGCUAGGAACACAGAUGGAAAAAAGGCAACCGAAUCAGAUGAGAUUGCUGAUAAACCACUAACAACUAGCAAUUCCAAAUGGUUGCUACAAUAUAACCCACAUACUGGGCAAUCUGUGUAUGUAAACCUGCGAACAGGCAACACCAGUACGGUCAUCCCUGAUUGCAAACCUGAGAAAACAAAAUCACUGGAGACACCGCCAAAAUCUACUAAAACACGGCCUUUCCGUGAAUUUGCGUCCCAUUUGUCGCAUAAUUUUACGCCAUGGUUGCCAAAAAGCUCAAGCCCAAGCGAGGGUAGUGGGUCGAGAAGCGAGGAAGAACAGUCCAGCGAGAUCAGUCAUAUGUUAGAUCAGUGGAUAAAUCCGGUUUUUGAAAGGAGAGAAAAGCCUGUCGUGAAUGCCUCUUUCACAGACGGUAGCAGAACAAGGUUAAAGCAACAAAACAGAGCCCAGCCGUUUAAAUUUACCAAAGACCACUUUAGCAAAAUGAAGGUAGUUGGUCAGGUGGAUAACAAAUUCAUCUUGUGCUAUUACGAAGGUGACGGGGAUAAUCUGCUCAUCAUUGUUGAUCAGCAUGCCGCAGACGAACGAGUCCGUUUGGAAACCUUUACCAAAGAGUUGUACAUCGAUCGGGACGAACCUGACACCAAAAGGUCGCUGAAAUCUUCUGUCCUUCCAACACCGUGUAUAUUAUCGAUGUCGAACCACGAUGUCCAUCUUCUGCAAGCGUUUAGGGCUCAAUUACAGCGAGUUGGAAUCACGUUCCAAGAUCCACGGCCAUCGUCCAGUGAUGCACAAAGUUCAGUUUGUAUCAAGACUGUCCCGUCGGUGUUUCUCUCCCGCGCCGCCUCAGACGAUCGCGCCAAAUUACGCAACGAAAUAAAGGCUUGCAUUGAGGACCUUGUCAAGGAGUAUAUCGAAAUGAUGAUUUCAACUAAAGGAACUUCAACAGCUGCCCUGCCAAGAGCGAUAACCGAAGUAUUAAAUUCACAGGCCUGCCAUGGCGCAAUUCGUUUUGGAGAUCCACUUUCCACAGAUGAAUGCGUUAACCUUAUGACUUCGCUCUCAAAAUGCGAUCUUCCUUUUCAAUGUGCACAUGGAAGACCCUCGAUGAUUCCUUUAGUUGACCUGAAGUCAAUUCAGAAUGGGAUGUCAAAGAAGGCUACGAGCUUCCCAAAACUCCGGAAGAUAACGGAACUCGUAAAAAAAGGAAAGUGCAAAUAAAAUCAUCUUAAUCCUACAUCGUUCAGGCAGUUCAUAGUUCAUAGCCGUAAUAGCGAUAGCGGCGCUUGUGUACACGUUCUCGCUGAUGAGUUAUAUUCUCUGUAAUCCCACUCCUGCCUAUCUGACGAGCAUCUCGUGAAAGAUUUAAGAUGAAAUAUAUCAAGCCAAAUCUAUAGAAACAAAACUACACAAAGGUCUUACUGGCUGCACCCAAAGUUUUCACGAUCAAGGAAAUUUUCCUGACAAAAGAGUCGCGGAAAACACACUCAUUAUAUGCGAAUUCAAGUAGAGAGGCCUAUAAUGCUAUAUUCAUAGCAUUUUGAUAUUACACAUUCUUUUUCAAUUUUUACUUGUCUCAGCUUAAUUUUCCAAUGCCCCAUCGCCCUACGAGGUGUGUUAGAUGACAGCAAACAAGUUGUGAAAACCUUUGUCCUUUUUCGGUCCUAAAACAAACCGCUCCGAAACGUGCUUGUCAAAGACAAAACAUCACAAUGGCCGCCAUAAUAAGUUAAUUGGCCAGCUUCAAGACUUCAAUCGUGAAUUAUUUAGAGAAAGUCAUAUUAAAUCUUUUCGGGUUUCCGAAAGACAUUAAUCAUGAAUAAAAAGUCUAUUUUCUGCCUUUUCGUGUCUCAUUAAAAGCAAUCUGUUGAAAUAUUUUGCCUCCAAGCAUGAAUAAUUAAAUUUGUCGAAUAUUUGCAUCAAUGGCAAUGCACCUGUGUAUUGUUUCUUUGUGCAUAACCGUGCUCAAGAAUAGACGCUGCAAAAGAUCACAUCAGUUGUUUAGCUGCGAGAGUUUUUUCAAAUAGAACGACUAUUUGGGUUUGUUGCUAAGUUAUUUAGAAACAUCGACAAGUAUCUCUUAACAAUAUUAUUGUUAGAUCUAAAAUUACCCAAAAAUAGCCAAGCAACGCUGUAUAAUUGCCGGAUAUUUUUUAAUGUUUUCCUGCGAGUCGGAAUCUAAAUCACUUAGGAAUGAAAUAUAAUUUUUGAACAUGAUAUGUACACAGGAAAAUCUUAAACGUUUUGCUAAUGGGCUUGGAUUAUAUAAAAGGUAGUGAAUUAUCAAAUUAUCGCAAAAUCAUUGAAACUAAAC